AUGGAGCGCUGCUUCGGAGACGAAGAAAAUUUUGGUUUCACUCCGAGUGAUUUUCAAAAGCUUGAAAGAGAAGCCAGAAUCUGUCGAAAAUUAAACCAUCCUAAUAUCGUUCGGUUACAUGACAGUAUACAAGAGGAAGGAUACCAUUACUUAAUAUUUGAUCUGGUGACUGGAGGCGAACUCUUUGAAGAUAUUGUUGCAAGAGAAUAUUACAGCGAAGCCGAUGCUAGUCACUGUAUACAACAAAUAUUAGAAAGUGUAAGCCAUUGUCAUCAAAAUAGUGUUGUGCACAGGGAUUUGAAGCCAGAGAACUUACUGUUGGCUAGUAAAGCAAAAGGAGCAGCUGUAAAACUUGCUGACUUCGGUUUAGCAAUUGAGGUACAAGGAGAGCAGCAAGCUUGGUAUGGAUUUGCAGGCACUCCAGGUUAUCUUUCACCAGAAGUUCUUAAAAAAGAUCCAUAUGGAAAACCUGUUGACAUAUGGGCGUGUGGAGUUAUUUUGUAUAUUUUACUUGUUGGCUAUCCACCUUUCUGGGAUGAAGACCAACACAGGUUAUAUGCACAAAUCAAAGCUGGUGCUUAUGAUUAUCCAUCACCUGAAUGGGAUACAGUUACUCCAGAAGCAAAGAACUUGAUAAAUAGUAUGUUGACAGUAAAUCCAGCCAAACGAAUUACUGCUAAUGAAGCCCUUAAACAUCCUUGGAUUUGUCAACGAGAGCGUGUUGCAUCAACACUGCAUCGUCAAGAAACUGUGGACUGCUUAAAGAAAUUCAAUGCACGACGUAAAUUAAAAGGUGCCAUUCUCACAACUAUGUUAGCAACACGAAAUUUCUCUAUCAUUUCUCGAGGUCGAAGUAUUAUGGCAAAAAAGGGAGAAGGCUCUCAAGUAAAAGAAUCAACUGACAGCAGUACAACUUUAGAAGAUGAGGAUGUAAAAGGUUUGUUUUAAUGUCAUCCUGUUUAU